CCGGAUGUUGAAGAGGAUGCUAUUUUCGAGUCCGGUCUGAAUUUGGGUCUUAUCAGCAGGAACGUAAACGCUAGUGCUCCUUCGUGUUUGGUGGUGAAAUCGCAUAAUGCCGGCAGAUUCUUGUGCGAGUUCACCUACUUCACCUCAAUGUGUGUCGACAAAACCCGAGUGGCUUUCGUGCAUGUGCCUCCGCUGGGCAUUUACAGUGCUGAAGAAGUAGCUGACACUCUCAAGAUGUGCAUAGGAGAAAUGUUACAGCAAUUGUUCAGCUCAGAUGGAAUCAAGGAACGCGAUGUGUCUUAAUGUGUAAUGUCGAAUCCGUCCCGGUUAUUCACGAAUCACGACCUUUUAUUUUAUUGUUCUUUCUGUGAGCAAUACAUUGUUUCCGUCACGGAGCGUGAGGGAGAAUUGCAGUAUUUUGUCUGGUUGCCA